GUUUUGCCUCCACUCCUCAUAUCUGAUACCACUUUCUCCUACAGUCCGGCAUGGCAGAAAACAUGAAGAAGAUCCAGGAGGCACGGGAUGAGGUCACAUCCCUCUCUGAGAAUAUCACUGAGGAGAUUGACAGGAUAAAGGAAGCACAGAACCACACAGCACAGAAGAUUAAGGAGUUGGCUGCCUCAAUUAAGAAGCUGGAGGAAGACCUUAAAAAGCUGAGGCAGGAUGCAGCGAAGUGGAAAGAAGAGAGCAGCAAUGAGAUCUCUCAGCAACUCGAGGCUUUGCUGGAGGAGACAAAGCGUGAGCUGCAGAAGAUGGGAGAGCAGCAGGAGAUGAGGAAGGCCAUGCUGGAGCAGCUGGUGACUGAGACAACCAGCAAGCUGGCUGAGAUAGGGGAGAUAGUGAAGAGUGUGCAGGAGGAGAAGGAGAAGGCAAAGGCAGAGUGCUCCAACUGCACCUUUGACAUCAAUGAGCAUUUGGGGGAGCUCCUCCGGCGCUGUGAGAACCUCCAGGAGCAGGUGGAAUCCCUGGAGUCCCGGCAGAUGGCUGUGGGCAAGCUUGAAAAGAUGAUGAGGAAUUGGGGCCAGAACACACAGCAGAUGCAGCCCGAGGAUGCAACAGCUGUACAGAUGCAAAGGGACUAUGAGAAGCUCAGCUUCAUAUCUGGGACCCUCCAGAAGGACUCUGAACAAAAGCAGAAAGAAAUCAAAAUGCUGUUCCAGUCUCUGGAGAAGCUGCAGAAGGAGAAGGCAGAUCAGCAGGACAUGCUGGCAGCAAUGGACGUGGUACAGUCUAGAGGGGCCUCUGUACCAGCCCAGGGGCUCCCGGGCAGGGUGACAAAUGCCCCUUGCCCUUGGGGGCUGGGGGGCAGAACUGGUGUGGGGAGGGAGAAUUUCCUGAGCUCAGGGGGUCCCUCACCCUCCAGAUGGUGGGACCAAGCUCACCAGGCUGACGGGGCAAAUGGGGCCACAGCAGCCUGAAAGGGCCAUGCUGGCCUGGGGGAAGCACUCCUCCCUCUCCCCUCACACACGCUGGCCCUGCCUGUCCUUCCUCAUCCCUUUCCCCACUGCUCUCCUGCCCUUCCCCUCUGCUAGAAGGCGGACAAAGCUGCCUUGGGCAGCAAAGUCAAUUGCAGCCAGUUUGAUGUCACUAUGGAGCGUCUGGAUGAGAGGAUGGAGGAGUUGCAGAGCCAGAUUUCAGGCCAGGAGCAGCACUGGAACAAUACGCAGCAGCAGCUCAGUGAUGCAAUGGAAGAGAAGCUGGAUCGCCUGGAGCUGAAGACUUUCCGUAACCAGAUGGAGGAGACCUGGAAGAGAAGUAUUGAGGAGCUCAGGAAUGAGAUGAAGCAGGGUGACAGUGGUGCUGGGAUUAAGAAGCAGCUGCCAGUGCCUUUCACGUGCCUGUCCUGUGACCGCAUGCUCACCGUGCAGGUUCCUGGCCAGU